AUGACAGAUGCCGCUGAGCAGGGCGUCUCGACACCGGUGACUGAGGAAGAGCACACACACCGUGAAGAUGAGGAAGGAGAAGCAGAGAAGUCGCCAGAGAUUGAUUAUGUUGCCGAGUCGAAGAAGAUUGAGGAGAAGGCAAAGAUGUACCUUGCUCGCCAGACCAAGCCUGUGAUCAUUCCAGCGUUUGCUGCCUGGUUCUCCAUCGAUGAUAUCCAUGAGAUUGAAAAGAGAUCUCUUCCAGAGUUCUUCAACAACAACUCGAGGUUCAAGACGGAUAAGAUCUACAAGGACAUCAGAAACUUUAUGAUAAACACGUUCAGACUUAACCCUGUGGAGUAUCUCACAGUCACAGCGGCAAGAAGAAACAUUGCUGCUGACGUUGCAUCGAUAAUUCGUAUACAUGCCUUCUUGGAGCAAUGGGGGUUGAUAAACUAUCAAAUUGAUCCAAAGACCAAGCCUUCUCUUGUUGGUCCACAGUACACUGGCCAUUUCCAAAUAAUACUCGAUACUCCGGAUGGACUGAAGCCCUUUAUCCCACAAGGAGCAAAGAUCGUGAAGCACGAACAAUCUCCAGAGACUGACUACACAGAUGAGGUUAAGACUGCGGUGAUCACUGAAGAAUCUAUUGCCAAGGAUCCUUUGAAUUUGACGUUGAGAAAAAACACCUUUGACUCUACACACGAUGCGUUGUCGUUUGGCAAUGGUGAUAGAGCUACAAGUGUACAGAACAAAUCGUUUACAUGUAGCGUUACAGGGAAUGAUUCCACGGAUGUUAGAUAUCACAAUUUGAAAACCAAAGGUUAUAUAUCAGCCCGUGCUUUUAAAGAGGGCCAUUUCGGCUCAAAUUUCACAAGUGCUGAUUUUGUUAGAUUGGAGAAGCUCAGUAAGAACAACAUUGCUUCUAAAUGGACAGAUCAGGAGACAUUGUUACUCUUAGAAGGUAUUGAAAUGUUUGAAGACAACUGGGAUAAGAUUUCUGCUCAUGUUGGUUCAAAGACUAAAGAACAGUGUAUUACAAAGUUCAUUCAAUUGCCUAUCGAAGACAAAUAUCUGGUGAGAUCCAUCGCACAUGUUAAGAAACAAGACACAACAACAAAAUCUACUACAGACUCUACGAAUGAGUCUGUUAUCAAGACGAUAAAAUUCUUGAUCAAAAAUCUGGACGGUGACCUGGCUUCAAGGGAUUUCUUAGAGAACGAUGAGGACUUCCAGAAGGCUGUUAAGCUUACUGUGGGAUCCUUGGUUGGUGGUGCACAGGCUGAACAACAGAAUUUGAAGCAGGAAUCUACAGAUUUGUUGAAGAACCUUGUUGACCUGGAGAUCUCCAAGAUUGAACACAAGCUGAGUAAGAUUUCACUCUUGGAGAAGCAAUUGAAUCAAGAAAAGGCAGAAUUGGCGCAACAGCGUAAGGAUGUUGUGCUUGAUAGAUUGGCAUUGAAGAAGCAGGCCGUGGAUGUGCGUAAUAAGUUGGCACAAGCAGCUGCAGCGGAGAACCCAGAAGUUGGCAGCCAGCUAGCAGAAGAAGCGGUUGCUAUUGCUAGCAAAGCACCAAGAGUUUCUGUCAUUGCUACAAAACCAAUCGAAGAAACCAUCGAUGAGGACUCAAAGGAUAAAGAAGCAGUGGAGAAGGCAGAAGAGGUUGUCCCUGUGAGUCAAUCAUCGCCAGAGGAGUUCCACAAAUCACCGGAGAUGAAGUUUCGAGUACUGAACCCAUUAUUCAAUCUUUAUGAAUCCACGUGCACUUUAGGACAUUCGAGGAUGAAGCUUAACGUACUUAUAACCCUUGGUCUCUCGUUAGGAGCCUUUGCCCAUGCGCCAAAGGCAGCAUUGAGACAGCCUCUGUACUACUCUAACGGAGACUUGAACUUACAGGUCCUUGAUUCAAGACUUCAAGAGUGUGCUGUUGUAAAGGAUAUCAACGAACAACUGGCGUUGGAACAUGAUGAGGAAGAAGGAGAGUCGAUGAUUUCAUAUCUCUUUUCAAAGCUGUUCCCCUUUGAGAACCCAGCCUAUAACGCUUUGCUGGCCACUACGUACAUCUCCGGUCCACCAAAUCUGAUUCUAGGGUUCAUUCCGGCUUCCAUUGACCCCUCCAAGCUGUCUCUACUGAUCAGCUUUGCCAUUGGUGGGUUGCUUGGUGACGUGUUCCUUCAUUUGCUACCACAGACCUUUGUUGGCGAGCCUGUUGACCAUUCGAAGGCGUCUUUUGUCCUUGUUGAUGAGAAGAGAAACACCAUCCUCGGGCUGUUCAUCUUUGUUGGCUUUUUCGUCUUCUUCAUCAUCGACAAGUCAUUGAGAAUCCUGGAGCACGAGCAAGGCCACGAGUCUACGCAUUCCCACUCCCACGCCGCUGCUCCUUCCGAUGAAGAGGUUAGAAGACAUAAGAAGACCGACGAUGACCAACCGGUCAUUGCCAAUCCAAACGCCAGCGUGAAGACAAGUGCCUACCUGAACCUGAUCUCGGACUUCACACACAACAUCACCGAUGGCCUUGCCAUUGCGGCCUCCUUCUACAUCUCCAAGUCCGUGGGCUCCACCACGUGUCUUGCUGUGUUCUUCCAUGAGAUCCCUCAUGAGGUUGGUGAUUUUGCCCUCCUGAUCCAAGGUGGGUUCACCAAAUGGCAGGCCAUGAACUCCCAGUUCCUCACUGCUGUCGGGGCCUACGUCGGUACAUUCUUGGGCAUCUUCAUCCAGACCUAUGGACUCUCGUCUACAGAGGUUGUUGAGUUUGGUAACGUCUCCCCAGGCCUGUUCGGCACAACAGUCACCACGGGCGAUCUAACACUGCCAUUCACUGCUGGUGGCUUCCUCUACAUCGCCACUGUCGGCGUCAUACCUGAGAUCCUCGAGCUACAGACCAACAACACGAGACUUGGGGAGUUCUCCAAGGGUCUUUGCCAGUUGUUCUUCAUCCUUGUUGGUAUCUCCCUGAUGUUCCUGAUCUCAUGGCUGGAGUAG